AUGAAUGAAAAUGGCGAAAGUGUUACUACUGUAAUGAUCGAAAAGCGGUUAAGCCAAAGGGUGGAUGGUGGUAUGAAAAGCCAGCAAUUUACAUCACUCCAGAGAGAACAAACAGGAUUUCUUCGAAGAACAUUCAGCCUUCAGGUUGGGAAAACAAAAGAGUUGUUUAAGCUGGAUUCUGAAACUAGUGCAAUGAUUAAACUUCGAUAUAAAGACGUCUCAAAGCAUGUCAUUUGGCGAGAUUGCGCAUUACCUGAGGAAUACAAUUGGAGUUGUUUGACUUUAAAUUCGGAUCAUUCCAAACGUGCGGCUAUUCGUUAUAAUCAUGCUGGUAAUCAUCAAGCUACAAUUUUAAGGCAUAAAGAUGGUGCUACUGAAAAAGAUUUGUGCAUUGUGCCUUUUGGUUCACCAAAAACAUUUCCAAGGACUAAGCAUCAAAGGCAGCAGCUGUUUUGUACUAUUUAUCCUACUCAAACUUUGCCAUCGACAAAUUUGGUAAAGAAUGAAAAGGGAAAACGAGCCAACCGAACCACAUUGAUGGAUCCAAGAGCUAAAACCAAUGAAGCGAUAGUGGAUAUUGAAGAUGAUCAGACACCGAUUCUGAAGCGAAUUAUCAAUUCGGUGAGACGUUCCGAAUCUAGCGAUGAAAAUGAAUCAAUUGUUAACCUGACAACGCCACGUAUAGAAGAUGAAUCUGGUUUUUGUGAAAGUGAUGUUACCGAUCGUGAUGAUAUAGAACCUGAUUUGCAGAUUUGGAGAUUUUGA